UUUCAAGAUGGAUGACACAAUGAAUCUAUUGCGUUUGGGAACACGUGUGCAUUUGAUUAUCCAGAACAAAGAGGAAUUGAUCGACAAAUACAAAGCGAUGCUUGAGAACAAUCAAAAUCAUAAGAAUACAUUACGUGAAACAAUUCAAUUGUAUAAAAACCUUAUUCAUCGUUUGCUCGAGAUAGCAGCAAAAGAUCUCGAAACAUCUCAAGAACAAAAAGGUGUUAUAAACAAAGCUUUUGAAGAGCUUGAAUCGACAAAAUCAUUUGCUCAAGACAACGAUCUGGGCAAUAAAUCGGAAGAGAGUUCAUCGAGUGACACACAAGUAGUUGUUACUCCAAAAGCAGCUCCAAUUCCGAACAUUGGCAAUUCUGGAAUGAACAGUGUUAGACGCUCAAGCAGAUUGAAUCGUAAAGUCAUUGAAAGCAGUUCUGAAAUCAAAAAAGCCAAACAUUAAGCAGCCGGUUGGGUAAACGAUAUCAACGAAUCUGGAUUUUGAAAUUUGAUUUUUUUCAAUUAAAUGGUAGCAACAUUUUCUACAUCAUUUUUGCUACUAUGCUUACGUUAUAUUGUGGUCUAAACAAUCUUCCGUUUCUGGAAUAAACUUCUAAAACUGAAAA